AUGGAAUAUAUGGAAAUGGAAUUAAAAGUUUUGAAAAUUAAUCAUGCCGCUGUGAGAAGACUUUUGAAGGAAUUAAUAUUCUACGAAGAGGAAGAAAAGGAAUUAAGAGGCAAAUUAAACACCCUUAAGGAUGAGAAUAAGAGUGAAAACGAAAUAAAGAGGGCAAAAGAU